GGCAGAAGGCCGCUCCAAGUUGUGCAUCUCUGGUUUCCAAUGGGCCUUCUAAUGAAUCUAGAAAGUAUUGUGAAUCCAAAGAUUAUAGAGUAGAGCAGAACAACUGUAAAUCCGACUGGCUCCGAGGUUCCAAACUUCAAAUCCUGGAUGAGUGGUUCAAUGUACUUGUUAGGAAACCCAACAAGGUACUUGGAUUUUGUCAUUUCUUGCCAGUGAGGAAGCCAGCAAAACUCAUCCACUGUAGGAGAUUAAAAAUGAUAAUUGAAACACCUGACUGGCUGCAUUGCUGGGAUUUUUUCGUUUUGGUGAAUUAGAUUAAGGUAGUAGCACCCAACACAAUCAUGAGAAGUGACAUGCAUGCCGUCCUUGGACGGGGAAAGGUUGCUGACAUAUUGUCGUGGAAGAACAAGACAUUAUCAGGAGGGAUCCUAGGCGGUGUUACUGUUCUAUGGGUUCUCUUUGAACUUACAGGGUACUCUUUAGCAACCUUCUUCUGUCACAUUCUCAUGCUUUUGAUGAUCACCCUCUUCACCUGGUCCAAGAGUGCAGGACUCACCAAAAGGAAUCCUCCUACUUCUAACGAUAUAAGGUUGCCAGAAGCAGCAUUCAGAUUCUUCUUUGAUCAAAUUAACGAGACUAUACUUGCAUUUUACAAAACAUCAAUGGGCCAGAAAGGUUUAAAAACCUUUUUUGUGACAUUAGCUGGGCUUUACAUCUUGUCAUUUAUUGGAUCCCUAUUCAGCACCAUGACCUUUGCAUACCUUGUCUUUGCCUGCUGUGCGACAAUACCAGCUUUCUAUGAGCAAAAUAAGAUGCAGGUGCAUGAAAUUUUUGGGCAAAGCUACAGAGAAAUAAACAACUCAUUGAAAGAUUUCAGGUCCAAACUCUUUGACAAGAUUCCAAGAGGAAAAGAUGACUAGCUAAGCUUGCCAGAAUUUGCUAGCUCUCUAAAUGAUCAACGGAAUGCAAAAAAUCUCUCAAAACUUCUUAGCAUGCAUGGCUUUAACUUGAUUUGACCUCCUGUAGUUGACAUAUGAUGAAAAGAUUCAUAAUAUAAUAAAAGUAAUCAUAGUAAUACAGCUAAUGCUAA